GCUCUUCUGACGCAAAGCAGCCGCAGGAGAAGCGAAGAAGAAGCUGCUGGCACCGGCUGCACGUGCAUAAACAUCAGUCACAACAUGGGGAAACGGAGACAGAAAAAUCAAAUCUUCACUAAUUUAUCAAAAAAACAGAAGAAACACUUGAAGGAAUUUGGAGAGGAGCAUCCGUUUCACGAUGUAGUACAUGAAAGGCCCGACAGGACUGAAAUAAUAAUGGAACUGCCAUCGAGUCCGGAACAAUCCGAUUCUGAGGCCGAUGACGAGGAAGAAGUGGAAGAAGAACCAGAGCAGAAAUCCGCCUAUACGAAGCUUCUUUCAUCCCUUAAUCAACCCACAGGUGACAUCCAGAGCGAAGACGAGGAAAGCUCUGAUGAUGAUGAUGAAGAAGAUGAUGAGGAGGAAGUGCUUCUUGAGGGCGGUGAUGGAGCUGAGGAUAGUGAAGAUGAAAGUGAAGACGAAGGUCCUGCUGAUGAAGAUGUGGAAGUGAAGGAGGAGGAGGAGGAGAAGAAAGCAGAAGGUGAAGAGUUUGUAGACAAGGAACACGAGUCGGAGUUCUGUUUAGAGACGAACUUCAUGAAAAACGAAGAGCACGAUGAGGAUGACAAAUCUGCACAAAAUCCUAAAGAUGAUAUGUUUUUACAGCAUUUGGACACAGAACUCACCGAAGAGGAUAUAGAAAAGUUAACAUCUGGCAGCAAAUCCAAAACUCAAAUUUUGUGGCCUAAACUGGGGAAUCUUCUCUGCACCAAACCUUUUGAGGAGUUUGGCUCCAUCGGCACACAGAAGAACUCAAACUUGCCGAUUUUCCACAAACUUUUAGAGAACAGCUGGAAAUGUCUGAACCAGUCCUCCAAUCCUAAAGGAGUAGCUGAAGAAAUCAGCCCUCUGCAGCUGGAGCUACUAGCUCUCAUGGGUACCUACAAGGAUGUGUUUUAUUCUGAGAUGUGCCCCAUUAAGCACCAUCCACAGGUUCUAAGUUCGUACUGCCUCCAUGUGCUCAACCACGUCCUGAAGUCAAACUCCAGAAUCCUGGCCCACAACGCGCAGCUCAGAGAGCAAAAAGCUCUAACUAAAGCCAGAGCAGAACCACAAGACGAACCCAGAGACCAGGGACUGACCAGACCGAAGGUUCUGAUUUUGGUUCCGUUGCGAGGCGGUGCCCUUCAGAUUGUCCACACACUCGUCAGCCUGCUGGAGACAAAGGGCAAGAAGAUCAUGGUCAGCAACAAGAAGAAGUUCAAGGAGGAGUUUGGAAUGGAGGCCGAUGAGAAGCCACCCAACCUGCACAGACCAGAUGAAUAUAACGCCAUCUUUUCAGGCAACGUGGACGAUCACUUCAGGAUCGGUGUGUCCAUAGUGAAAGGCAAUGUUCGUCUCUACGCCCCCUUUUACUCGUCAGACAUCAUCAUCGCGUCUCCACUCGGCCUUCGCACCGUGCUGGGAGCAGAAGGAGAGAAAAAAAGAGACUUUGACUUCCUGUCGUCCAUCGAGCUGCUGGUCCUGGACCAUGCAGAUAUUUACCUCAUGCAGAACUGGGAGCACGUCUUGCAUGUGGUGAAGCACAUGAACCUGCAGCCACUGGACUCCCACGGCGUCGACUUUUCCAGAGUCAGGAUGUGGAACCUGAACAACUGGGCAAGACACUACAGGCAGACGCUGGUGUUCAGCUCCAUCCAGGAGCCCCAAAUCAACAACAUCCUGACCAAACACUGUGCCAACUACAGAGGACAGAUUGUCACUAAAAACAUGCCACAAACCGGCUCCAUCUGCCAGGUUCUGGUCCAGCUGCCUCACGUGUUCCAGAUGUUUUCCUCCCAAAGCUUCAUAGAUCACGAUGCUCGGUUUCAGUUUUUUGUAGAUAAAGUGCUGCCUCAGUACAAGGACUCGGUUAUGUCCCACACCCUGAUCUACAUCCCGUCCUACUUCGACUAUGUUCGAUUGCGAAACCACAUGAAGAAGAAGGAUAUGAACUUCACCUGCAUCUGCGAGUAUUCCAGCAAGUCGGAGGUGUCUCGAGCACGGCAUUUCUUCCAGAAAGGAGAGAAGCAGUUCCUGCUCUUCACCGAACGCUUCCACUUCUACAAGAGGUACACCAUCAAAGGGAUCCACAACCUGAUAUUCUACGGACUGCCCACCUUCCCGCACUACUACAGCGAGGUGUGUAACAUGCUGGCAGCAGGUCGUCAGGGGGAGGAGGCCAGCUGGACCUGCACCGCCCUCUACUCCCGAUACGACGCCAACAAACUGGCUGCCGUCACCGGAGCACAGCGGGCCAGACAGAUGCUGCACUCCGACAAGAACGUUCACCUUUUUGUGACGGGAGCAGAGGACAAAGCUUCCUGAUGGUGCUGAACGGAUCAAAGACAGACCGUCAGAUAACUGGCAUGUUGUUCUCAUUAAACUGCUUAUAUUUUAUUAUAUCAUUCCACA